AUGCUAGCAUAUAUUGUGACUCUUACUCCCAAUGCUAAAGCGACCGCUUACCAUUCCCAGACCAAUGGGCAAGUUGAGGUGUCAAAUAGGGAGAUCAAGCGCAUAUUAGAGAAGAUUGCGAAGCCUCAUAGGAAGGACUGGAGUGCUAGACUAGCAGAUGCGCUUUGGGCUUAUCGAACUGCAUACAAGACACCCAUCGAAAUGAGUCCAUUCCGCCUCGUCUACAGGAAGGCUUGUCACUUACCGGUAGAAGUGGAACACAAGGCAUACUGGGCGGUGAAAGAAUGCAACCUAGGAUUGGAGGGAGCCGACAUUGAAAGGAAGCUGCAACUUCAGGAAUUAGAGUGCCUUCGACUAGAGGCGUAUGAGAACUUACGGCUCUACAAGAAAAAGAUUAAGGUUGUGCAUGACAAGAAUAUCAAGAGAAGAGAGUUUAGAGCUGGAGAUCUGGUCCUCCUCUAUAACUCAAGGUUGAGACUCAUGCCAGAAAAGUUGAGAUCAAGGUGGGAAGGACCCUAUAAGGUGGAGAAGGUUGAGCCUUAUGGAGUCUUCCACCUAAGCCAUCCGUCAAGCCCCACAUUCUUCAAGGUAAAUGGCAACCGCUUGAAGCUAUAUCAUGGUGAGAAUAUGAGGAGCAACAAGGAGCUGGAGAUCUUCUUCUUGAAGGAUCCAGCACAAGAAGAGGACUAA